GCUUUGUGGACAACGAGUCCAAUUGUAGGGCGCAGAGACGUGUAUCUUGUCAGUAUAUCCACAGUCUUUGGUCAAACACAAAAAACGGUUUCUCUCUCCUGAAAUAAGGACAUCUGUCCUUGAGGUGGAUAGAUACAAGUAUCGGGUGACAUUAGUAGCAUAUUCGGGAUUGGAUGCUGUCAUUAAUGGUUAAAACACAUCUCAUCAGACAGUGUCUGUUCACUGCAGAGAGAGAGAGAGAGAGAGAGAGAGAGAGCGAAAGUGAGAGUGAGUGAGGGAGGUGGUAUGUGUGUCAUCUCAUGAGCUCGAUAGAGCCUCCCACCGGCGACUGCAUAUAUACAGUGAGAGCAGCGACGGCCGUACAGAGGAGCGAUUGGGAGAUAUAGAGAUACAUCGUACCGAGUGUGCCGGCUCUGGCCCUGGCUACAGCCAUGCCUCUUCUGGAAGAGACCACUGUGCCUCGAGAGCAUCCCCCCACCCUGCCUGUGGUCAUCAUAGGUAACGGGCCAUCAGGUAUCUGCCUGUCCUACCUGCUGAGUGGCUACAAGCCCUACCUGGACCCUUCAGCUGUUCACCCAAACCCUGUUCUGUACAGGAAGUUACAGGAGACCAGACACCUGCCCAUCACUGAACAGGAUCUGGAGUAUCUGAGUGAAGGUCUGGAGGGGCGGUCAGGAAACCCUGUAGCGGUGCUGUUUGACACCCUGCUGCACCCCAAUGCUGAUUUUGGCUACGAGUUUCCCCCUGUGCUACAGUGGAGAAGAGACAAGCAGCAGCACCUCCCUCACCUGGUGCUGGGCAGGGCUACGCCUGGAGGGGCCUGGCACGUGAUGGAGGGCUCCAUGCUGACCAUCAGUCUGGGCAUCUGGAUGGAACUGCCAGGGAUCAACUACCGAGACCUGACUAACAAUGGCAAAUGCAGGAUGGAGAGAGAUAGAGAGAUGCCAGAGGAGAUCUCGUCUUACUACCGUAACUACGUCAAGCUGAUGGGCCUGAAGCAGAACUUUGUUGACAACACCUAUGUGACCUCUGUGCAGAAACUUUUCCACGAAGAGGAAGGUGGGGGCCUGUGGGAGGUGAGGGGGUACCAGCGGGUGCAGGGCGACACCCACGUUCCUUUCUGCCUGUUUUCGGAGAAUGUAGUUCUGGCCACGGGCGCGUCUGAUUCACCAGCUCAGCUGGGUGUYGAGGGGGAGGAGCUUCCCUUCGUGUUCCACAGCAUCUCUGCRCUGGGAUUGGCUGUGAGCCGGAAGAAGCUUGGGCCAAACUCUGAUCCGGUGCUGAUCGUGGGGGCGGGGUUAAGCGCGGCGGAUGCAGUUUUGUGCGCUUGUAACAACAACAUUUCCGUGCUGCAUGCCUUCCGCAAACACGUAGACGACCCAGGCCUCAUCUUUAAACAGCUACCCAAGACCCUCUACCCAGAAUACCACAAGGUCUACCACAUGAUGCACUCCCAGACCCACGCAACACCAAACAUGGCUGCCACCUCCACCACCAAUGCCCUUCCCAGCAUGGCCGCCUCAGUCUGCUCCAAGAUGUGCUCCAAGCCCCAACCCACCACAACUAACAUGGCCACCAGUGGUGGUCCCYUUCUGUUCCCUGACUACACCAGCUUCCCAGAGCACUGCGUGGUGUCCUUCCAGCCAGACAUGAAGUGUGUCCUGCAGGGGAGCAACUCCCUCAAGGCCUUUAAGAUCUCCAUGGCCCUGGUGUUGAURGGCACCCACCCCAACCUGUUCUUCCUCAAYGGCCAGGGCCAGUACCUGGGACUGGACCCCACCAAACCCAUCUCCUGCAAGCAGAARCCUGUGGAUGUGCACCCCUACACCUUCGAGUGCACCAAGGACCCAGGACUGUUCGCCAUGGGCCCGCUGGUGGGAGACAACUUUGUUCGCUUCCUAAAGGGKGGUGCUCUAGGCAUUGCCUCCUGCCUGCUCAAGAGACUGAAGAAGAAAGGCAAGCUGAUCGCAGAAGGGGGAGGAGUAGGAGGAGGGGAGUUUAUCUAGGUGAAGUGUGGAUGGAGAGGAACGAGGUGGUGAAUGAGUUGGAAGGGAGAGGGAGAGAGGAGGAAGAGGCAUCUUUAUUUAAGCGAAAGGAGAAAGGAGAGGAAGGAGGUGGAGAAAGGGAGGAGAGGAAGGAGGAAGAGGAGGGGGUUCAUCUUAGUAAAAAUAGCUACUAUUACCAAUGGAGUUCUGAGUUAAAAGGGCAAAGCCAAGCAGUACGUUUUUAAUAUUUUAUUGUUUGCAGUGGACAUACCUAUUUGAACUCUGAAGCUUUCUUACCACUUCUGAGAGAACUGAAAACAAUGGAAGUGGAGGCAGGCUAGAGUUACAGUACAUGACCAGGUUCAGCCCACCARCUGUUACAGCUCCACUGUUCUGGUUUCUGCUGGGAAGCUGUCACAGGGUUUAAUGUCCUCUAUCCAGAAAUCCAAUCUGCAGUGUGACAAUGUUUMUUWAAGUCAUAUGUGAKAUUUUGUAAUGUCUUGAGUUUUUGUUAUUUGCUCACCUUGUCUUUCAAGCAAGUGCAUUUUCUGAUUUCUCAUCUACUUUAAACAAUUGUUCUACUAUUUAUCUGAUGGCCUUCACCAUGCAAUGGACUGUGAACCACUACAACUCCCCUUUAAAGCUUCAAGGAAAUGGAACUUUGUAGAGAUAGGCCCAUAGCUGCUAUAGUGUUUCUGCCAUCAUCUCAAUUCUGAGUUUCUCAUCAGUGCCAAYCUACAGACCCCAAGCAGUAUCUGGCAGACCAGGAUGUAAUGGGAACGUUGAAGUAACGGAUGAAUAAGAGAUGAAUCAAAAACCCCAUCACCAUCCUAAUCAGACGAAGUACAACUAACUCACUAUGGUUGGAGCGCUCCUCUUAACGRUUUUCCUAUGCAAACCCUUCCACUCACACACCUGACCUGAAUGUAUUCUGGAUCAGAUAACUCAUUGCUAACUUACUGUACAUGUCAGCCUGAUUUCAACCAAUGGGGCACAAGAAUUCUCUAUUGAUGUUAGACCAUAACAAAAUGCCAAAUAGUGUUUUUUAGACACACUGAAGUCAUGCAGAUGCGCGUGACUCUUGGCUGCAGUAAYAAAGCCAUCGCCACCUGCGUCCAUUCAACAUAGCCUGGAUUUACGAUAUUACGCUUAACAAAAUAAUUGUUUGGGGUCUCAUACGUUUACCGUGGUGUUUUGAUUCUAGCUGGAACAGUCGCUAAGAUUAUAUUUGGUUGUGAUCUUUGAAAAAUAACUAUUUUGGAUGCAGCAGUUGUUAGCUAGAAAGC